AAGUGGGGUUUCCUUUAUUUCAUUUUUAUUUCGGGAAAUUUUUGGAUUUGGUCAAGUUCAGUUUUUCCGGCUAAAGGAAAAAAUCUUGACCAGUCCAAAAAAGCAAGUGUUCUAACUCUAGAAUUUUCGUUAGGGUUUGUUUAUUUCAAUGAAAUUCCUGGGAAAUAAAUGGAGAGCCUACCCUUUAGUUUAUCUCUAUUUGGGUUGUUGUUGUCCUCCCAUUUGGUUGCCGAGAAACCAUUAGAAAAGGAAAGAAAAAAAAAACUGGAAUCUUUCAACUUCAACCCGAGUCUUUUUUGAUUGAUUUAUAGUAUGAUUUUGUUUGAGCAAAGCCUAGAGUUCAAUGCUGCUAGGUUUGGUAAACUUGUAUGCAUUUUGAGAAUACAAAACAAACCAUGCUACUUGAACUCAGAGCUCUGGUUCAUGCCCUUUUUAAGAGCUUUUGGGGUAAUUGGUAGUUUAACAUGGCAUCAAAGCUAUAGUCUAGGGUAAACAAGUUGAUUAAUACAAGAUCUGAGUCAAUUAGACUUCUUCAAAAUUGUUCGUGGGAUGAAAUUUAACUCAAUUCUACUUUGUUGUUUGUUGAUGUUUAACAUGAAUUGCAUUAUUAGCUCUUAUCCCAUGUACUAAUUUCGAAAAUCAUGUGUGAUGAACAAUGGCUAUCUAGUCAUUCAGAUGAUGUUGUGAGGGUUCUCUGUAAAAGGGAUAAGCUAGUAUGGCCUUGCACGCAAGCCAGAUAUGCCGAGAAGAAACAUCUACCACCUAGACACGUAUCCAUAGAAGAAAGUGACAUGUCUAUUGUACAGCUUGAUGUCUAGGCCAUGCAGCGUUGAUAGUUUAGCUGUGGUGUAAAAUCAUUGAUGUUGUUGUACUUUCAACAUAAAUACUUUCCACAACUACCAUUCAAAAGGAAAAGAAAGCAAAGUCGAAGUUUUAGUAUGCUUUACUUUUUGUGUGUUUUGAUGGUUAUGUCUUGACUAUUCCUCCUAUUUAUAUAUCUCUUCUUUAUGUUUCAUGAAGUUUCUUCUUGUUUCCCAGUUCGCAACCGGGGAGUUUUGAUCUAUAUCUUGCUUAUUUGUAGUGUAAUUUCCUGGAAAAUUGUGCUGUUUGUGCACUUCCUUUACAAUGUAAUGUAAUUUUGUGUUUGACUUUCCAUUUUCCUUGCUUUUGAAUUUCUCAAUCGUUCUUUUUCUUGCUGAGAAGAAAUUUCAUUCGUCUUUAGAAGCUCCUUUUGAUUUAUAGAAACCGAAGGGGCUUGAAGUUCAGAACAGAUGGAAAUCCUUCUUAAGCUUGUUAUAAAAGUUUGUGGCUACCAUGUCUAUUGUACUGUAUUUGGGGUCUGAUUGGAAAUUUUAUUGCUAUUGGUAAACCCUCUCAUAGUUCUUCAAUAUCCUGAGAUGACUGCAAAUCCCAUCAUCCGCUUUCCAGAAUGUAUGACGAGCAGGGAUUAUCUGGAAGAUGAUGUAGACUGUGUGUUCAAUGAAGGUGUUUUGUCAAGAACUUUAUUUGCUAGUGAAGACAGCAAACCGGCCCCUAAGAAUCAAGCGAGAUGUAAGAAGAUUCCAGUUAAAGAAACCACUUCUGUCUAUUAUUCCAAGCAUGCAAAUGGAAAGAAGAUGAUCAAUGAAUAUGUAAAAGAGCGGAAGAUCAGUUGCAGAAAAUAUGGGAAAGUGGUAUUAUACCGAAACAGCAACAACGGAAUGCUAUUUGCUAUCAAGAUAUUUUAUAAGUGCAGUUUGCGGAAGGUGCAUAUAACACCUUCUGAAACAGCUAUGAGCAACGUUCUUAGGGAGGUCUCAAUUAUGAAGAUGUUGGAACACCCUAAUAUAGUUAAUCUUGUUGAAGUGAUUGAUGAUCCAAAAUCAGAUUAUCUCUAUAUGGUUCUCGAGUAUGUGGAAGGCAAUGGGACAUGUAACAUUUCUGAAACUCAAGGAGUGGAUGAGACAACAGCUCGAAGAUACUUCAAGGACAUACUUGCAGGGAUCAUUUAUCUGCAUAAUCAUAAUGUUGUGCAUGGAGAUAUAAAGCCUGAAAACCUUUUGCUCACCAAAAAUGGAAGGGUAAAGAUUGGAGAUUUCGGUGUUAGCUAUGUUUUUGAGGAUGACAAUGAUGAAUUCUGGAGAUGCCUUGGAACACCUGCUUUCACAGCGCCUGAGUGCUGCUCAGAUAUAGUUUACCAUGGGAAAGCUGCAGACACAUGGGCUAUGGGCAUUACCUUAUACUACAUGGUAGUAGGCUGCUACCCUUUUAUCGGUGAUGGCAUACUCGAUACUUAUGAUAAGAUAGUUAAUACUCCUUUAUCAUUCCCCAAAGAAUUGGAUCCAGAACUAAAAGAUCUGCUCCAAGGCCUUCUCUGCAAAGAUCCAAUGCAACGAACUACCUUAACUGCUGUGGCUGAGAAUCCGUGGGUGAUGAGGGAGGGUGGUACAGUGCCUCAGAGGCUGUGUGGCUGCAAGCUCAGAAACAUCCAACCAUGAAACCCCUGUUUCUUGAAUUGGUUAUUCUUGUGGCUCUCUGCAAUUACCAUUUUUAAGCCAAUAUUACGGCAAUGAUCAUUCAUUUCUAUGUACAAAAUGUUAAAAUUCAACCAAGAUGAAUACCCUAAUUUCAUA